AUGGCUCCCCGAGGCUUCGAGGACGAGGAGCUGACCAUCUCCUUGUCCUCAUCCCACGUUCGUCGACCUCAGCAGCAGCAGCAACUGCAGCCACAGCAACAUGCUCCUCAACCUGGCUCCCGCCCCGCCGAUGCGCCGCUCAAGGAGAGGAUCAAGACGGAGCAGCGCAUCGGCGCCUACAAGGUCCUCCGCACCCUGGGAGAGGGCUCCUUUGGCAAGGUGAAGCUUGCUAUUCACAACGGCACCGGCCAGCAGGUCGCCCUCAAGAUCAUCGCCAGGAAGAAGCUCAUCAGCCGUGACAUGGCUGGACGCGUGGAGCGCGAGAUCGAAUACCUCCAGCUGCUGCGUCAUCCCCAUAUCAUUAAGCUUUACACCGUCAUCAAGACCCCCAAUGAGAUCAUCAUGGUCCUCGAAUACGCUGGUGGAGAGCUCUUCGACUACAUCGUCCAGCACGGCCGUAUGAAGGAGGCUGAGGCCCGUCGCUUCUUCCAGCAGAUGCUUUGCGCAGUGGAAUACUGCCAUCGCCACAAGAUUGUCCACCGUGACUUAAAGCCCGAGAACUUGCUCCUUGACGAGAACCUCAACGUCAAGAUUGCCGAUUUCGGUCUCAGCAAUAUCAUGACGGACGGCAACUUUCUCAAGACGAGUUGCGGUAGUCCCAACUAUGCCGCCCCCGAGGUUAUCGGUGGAAAGCUGUAUGCUGGCCCUGAAGUAGAUGUGUGGAGUUGCGGCGUCAUUCUCUACGUCCUCCUGGUCGGCCGUCUUCCCUUUGACGACGAGCACAUCCCCAGCCUGUUUGCCAAGAUCGCAAAGGGUACCUACAGCAUCCCCCAGUGGAUGCCUCUUGGCGCCGCCAACUUGAUUAAGAAGAUGUUGGUGGUCAACCCCGUGCACCGAGCCACGAUCGAGGACAUCCGGGCAGAUCCUUGGUUCACCACUGAUCUCCCCGCCUAUCUCCAGCUUCCCGUCGAAGAGUUUUUCAAUACGGGAGUGGAUCCAAACAAGGCCAUCCAAAAGAACGACAUCGCGCCUAAUGCUCCCGAAAAGGUCCAAGAGAGACUUCACAAUGAAGUCACGGAAAAGAUCAGCAAGACCAUGGGUUACGGCAAGAACGAUGUCGAGGAGGCACUGCAGGCAUCCGAGCCUUCGGCCAUCAAGGAUGCUUACAUGAUCGUGAGAGAGAACAAGAUGAUGCAAGUGAAUCAACACCCUGAAGCACUGCUAGAGCCUGAAGGGUCAAGCCCCAUGCUCAGCAUGUCUUCAGCCCGGUCGGCGACUUCGACCACCACCACGACCACCCCUCGUCCUUAUGUUAGCAAGGUUGGCAUUCUGCCUUCAAGUCUUCCAGCCUAUCACAAGGAUUACGUCGAGCGAGAAAAGGCCGGCGCCAUCAACAACUCGCCUCCUCAGGUCUUGAUCAACGACGAGCUACCAGUUGCCAGGACAGAUGCUGAGAAGGAAGAGACAUCACGCCGCCUCAGGCCGCAUUCGCGAAGCCAGCUGCGCCUUGACGAAGCCAACACAAGACCCCAAGGCAUGACACCCAUCAACCCUCCUAAGAAGACGAAGCCGGUGCGGUGGCAGUUUGGUAUUCGAUCACGCAACUCGCCAUGGGAGGCCCUUCUGUGCAUCCACAAGGCUCUGCACAAGUUGGGGGCGACCUACAUCCCUGACGAGGAAUACGAGUCACGACACGCAGAGGAGCGUGCUGAAGCAUCGGGUGACGGCAGCUUUGCCGAUUCCUAUGAUGGCAGCCGAGGCUCCAGCUCAAGCAUUGAUCCUAUGAAGCGAUACAGGCUACCAGCCGACCCAUGGCACAUUAAUGUCCGUUGGGAUACGUCAACCCUCAAGAAAAAGCUGGAGGAAAAAGCCGGCACCACUGAUGGACGACACGCCCAUGAGCCGUUCGUCGCCCUGCACCUGGAUAUCCAGAUCUACGAAAUGGAGCACGGUGUCUACCUAGUCGAUUUCAAGUGCUCUGGUUACGAGACAGCCCAAGGCCGGCUGCUCGAGGAAAAGGACGUCACCAGUCCCUUCCCUUUCUUGGACAUGGCUGCCAAGUUGAUUAUGCAGCUGGCGGAAGCGGACUAG